ACAUCAGAAAUAAGUUAAAAUUUGUAAUUACUCAUUAAUUAUUGUAGAAAGAUUUCGAUAACAAUUCCAUUAAUGCUUUGUGUUACAUUACACUUUGAAUGAGGAUCGCAAAUCAGCUGUGCAGCGUCACAUUUAAAGGGAUAUAAUUACGGCUAACCUUAUAUUAUAUACUGUUACCCUGUCUUGACUUAGUCGGUCUACAGUUCGAUGCGAGCCGCGUAUACCUAAGCAAAGACAGGUAACGUCACAAUAUAGAUAAAACAAUGUUUAUUUAAACGUCAGUGUGCUUGAAGAGCCUAUUUGCUACAAUUUUUACUCAGAUAACGUCGAUUAUAUUAAGAACAAUCAUGAUAUUUUGCUCCAGAGUUCAGUUUAUUCAAUGAAAUGAUUCUGCAGACAGCGAGUGUCACCGAAAGUUUCGUUGGAGCCAAAUUGUCAUAAUCGUCAAUUUUAAAACAUCUACGAUGUAGCUCAACAUUAAAACAGCUAGAUUUUAUGAUGUGAUUCAAAAUUCGUAAAAAAAUUGUUUUAUAUCAGAAUCAUAAAUUGAUUGUACAGUGAUUCAAACAUAUCAGUUUUCAAAAUGUUAAGUAUUAGAUAUCCUGCUAAAUAUCAUCUCAUAAGGGUUUUAUGUAUGAUAGGGGCCACUUUAUUCUUAUGUGAAUACUUGUUGUAUUACAUUGUUCUUAUACAUUGUAAAUGGCCAAUUUUAGAUCCAAAUAAAAUUGACCCUGCUAUUCCUUCAACUAAAGCUGAAGAAAAACCUGUUCAUGCUAUGUUUUUAGCUGAUACUCACCUUUUAGGUUCAAGAAAUGGACACUGGUUUGACAAACUAAGAAGAGAAUGGCAAAUGCAUCGUGCUUUUCAAACAGCAAUGACUAUUCAUAAUCCAGAUAUAGUAUUCAUACUAGGAGAUGUGUUUGAUGAAGGACAAUGGUGCAGUGCAGAUGAAUUUGAAGGAUAUAUUGCCAGGUUUUAUUCUUUGUUCUCUGUUCCCAAAAAUACUCAUUUAUAUGUAGUCGCUGGAAACCAUGAUAUGGGUUUCCAUUAUGUCAUAACACCAUAUCUAAGUCAAAGAUUCAUAAAUGGUAUGAAUUCUCCAAGCGUUAAAAGAGUGAGUAUACGAGGUAAUCAUUUUAUAAUGAUAAACAGUAUGGCAUUGGAAGGAGACGGAUGCUUUUUAUGUCGACCAACAGAAGUGGCUGUAAAUAAAAUAAGUAAACAUUUAAAGUGUGCCAAAGGUAUUGGUAAUGACUGCCAUAAAAAUAAUUUUAUCAAAAGAUACAGUAGACCAAUAUUAUUACAGCAUUAUCCAUUGUAUCGAGAGUCUGAUCAAUUAUGUGAUGAACUGGAUGAAGCACCAGCAGAAAUAAAAUCAAUCAAAUUUCGAGAGCGUUGGGAAUGUUUAUCAAAAGAAGCUUCAGAUCAGCUUUUAGAUAUUUUAAAUCCUCGUUUAGUUGUUGACGGUCACACACAUCAUGGUUGCAGAAAAAUCCAUAGAGAACAUAUUUUGGAAAUGACUCUGUCAUCAUUCAGUUGGAGAAAUAAGGAUAAUCCUGCUUUUUUAUUGGGUGUCUUUACUCCAAAUAAUUAUAGCCUAUCAAAAUGUUAUAUGCCUGUAGAAUCAGUUGUGAUCGGUAUUUACAUAAUCAGUGGAAUUUGUAUUAUUAUAUAUUUGGUACUUUCGUUGAAACUUAACAUGAAAAGGAUUCAUUUAAGAAUGCUUCAUUUUCAUUGAAUAAAAUUAUCUGUAGUUUUUUCAAA